CCGAGGCAGAGACGAAGAAACAAGAUGGCGGCCGGCGGCGAUCCGGAGCGGGACGCCGGCAAUUCGGAUUGAGCCCUCGGCCCUCCCAGCUCGGCGGCCCCCCCUCCCCGGCCCGGAGCCCCUCGCAGGGGGGGGAGCUUCCCCGUAGCAGCCCGUCCGGACUCGGAGCGCCCUCCCGAGCCUCGCUUCCCUCCCCCUUUCCCUUCCCCCCCCCUCCCUUCUCGGCCAGCGCCCAGAGAUGCGGGGCCGGCGAGGCAGGCCGCCCAAGCAGCAGCAGCAGCAGGCGGCGGCGGCCGGCGCUCAGGCGAGCUCCCCGGCUCCGCCCGCCCCCGCGGGCCCCAUCGGGGGGCUGAGGUCCCGGCAGCGGGGCAGCAGCCGCGGCAGGUGGGCGGCCUCGGCCCAGGCGGAGACGGCGGGGCCCAAGCAGAAGGGGGCCGGGGCUGCCCAGGCCUCUUCCUCCGCCGGCGUCUCCCCCAGGGGGGGCAGCAAGAGGAAGGGAGGCGGCGGCGGCGGCAGCACCCCUGGUGGGGGAGGCAGCAGCGGUAAGGGUAGGGGCAGGGCUGGGGCUGGAGGAGCAGGGGGAGGAGGCGGAGGAGGCAGCUGCAACAGCCAAGGCAGGGCUGCCUCGUCCAGGAGGAGCAUCAGCAAAGUGGUGUACGACGAUCAUGAGAGUGAAGAGGAGGAGGAGAGCAUGGUGUCCGAGGAGGAAGAGGAGGGAGACCCCGAGGAUAACCAGGACUCCGACGAGGAGGAGGAGGAGGAGAUCAUGGAGGAGGAGGACGACGACGACUCUGACUACCCUGAAGAGAUGGAGGACGAAGACGAUGCCAGUUAUUGCACUGAGAGCAGCUUCAGGAGCCACAGCACCUACAGCAGCACCCCAGGUAGGAGAAGACAAAGAGUGCAUCGCCCUCGUUCUCCAAUAUUGGAAGAAAAAGAUAUCCCACCUUUGGAGUUUCCAAAAUCCUCAGAGGACUUAAUGGUGCCUAGUGAGCAUAUAAUGAAUGUUAUUGCCAUCUAUGAGGUACUAAGGAACUUUGGCACUGUUUUACGCCUCUCUCCUUUUCGUUUUGAGGACUUCUGUGCUGCUCUGGUAAGUCAAGAGCAGUGCACACUUAUGGCAGAGAUGCAUAUAGUGCUUUUAAAAGCAGUUUUACGUGAAGAAGACACUUCAAAUACUACCUUUGGACCUGCUGACCUCAAAGAUAGCGUUAAUUCCACUUUGUAUUUCAUAGAUGGAAUGACGUGGCCAGAGGUUCUGCGGGUAUAUUGUGAGAGUGACAAGGAAUAUCAUCAUGUUCUUCCUUAUCAAGAGACAGAGGACUAUCCUUAUGGACCAGUAGAGAAUAAAAUCAAAGUUCUGCAGUUCUUAGUGGAUCAGUUUCUUACAACAAACAUUGCACGUGAAGAGUUAAUGUCAGAAGGUGUUAUUCAAUAUGAUGAUCAUUGUAGGGUUUGUCACAAACUUGGGGAUUUGCUUUGCUGUGAAACUUGUUCAGCUGUGUACCAUUUAGAGUGCGUGAAACCACCUCUCGAAGAGGUACCAGAAGAUGAAUGGCAGUGUGAAGUCUGCGUAGCACAUAAGGUGCCUGGAGUAACUGACUGUGUUGCUGAAAUCCAAAAAAAUAAACCAUACAUUCGGCAUGAACCAAUUGGAUAUGACAGGCAUAGACGGAAAUAUUGGUUCCUGAACAGAAGAAUCAUUAUAGAGGAAGAUUCAGAAAGUGAGAAAGAUAAGAAAAUCUGGUACUAUAGCACAAAGAUACAGCUGGCAGAGUUAAUUGAAUGCCUAGACAAAGAUUACUGGGAAGCUGACCUAUGCAAAACUCUGGAAGAAAUGCGUGAAGAAAUUCAUCGGCACAUGGAUGUUACAGAGGACCUUACUAAUAAAGCACGGGGCAGCAACAAGUCUUUCCUUUCUGCAGCAAAUGAUGAAAUUUUGGAGGUUAUCAGAGCAAGGAGAGGAGAGAUAGGGGAAGAUAGAAACACACCAGCUGAUGAGGCAGAGAAAGCCAAGAGUGAUGGUGAGAAUGACCAGACAGAUACAGAUAAAGGCAAAGAAGAAUCUGGAGACCAGGAUAAAACUGAGGAAACACCCACUGAGCAAGAUGUGGAAAAAGUGAAAACCGAAGAGGCAACAGUCGUUGGGGAUAAAAGUAACUCUGUGACAUCAAGCACUGACGACAACAACACAAAUCCUUCUGCAGGAGAGACUAGUUGCUCUGAAGGGAAGAACGCAAUGGGGUGUCAGUCAGAAACCCUUGAUAGCAACAACAUGGCAGAGAAGAAGGUGGCAUCAGAGCUCCCUCAGGAACUCUCAGAAGAAACUGGUCAGAUGAUCCCCAGCAACAGCAGUGCGUCUGCUGCAGCUCUACAGGCAGAUGUUGAGAACAGCAACAGUAGUGAGCUCAGCUCUGUGCAGAAUGACUCCGUUAAGAUGCCUGAUGAUGCUGAAAAUGCAGAGGGGGGAUCCCAGACUUCAGAUGACAUAGGAGAUAAGUCUAACGGUGAAAGAAGUGAUUCUCCAGGCACAGGAAAAGGCACGCCAGGUUCGACACGAAUGCUCACAAGAUUACGAAAUCCAGAUAGCAAGUUGAGCCAGAUGAAAAGCCAACAGGUUGCUGCUGCAGCACACGAAGCAAAUAAGUUAUAUAAAGAAGGCAGAGAGGUUCUGGUGGUCAACUCUCAAGGUGAAGUCUCCCGAAUGAAUGCAAAGAAGGAAAUUGUGAUGAAAGGAAAUAUCAACAACUAUUUCAAAUUAGGGCAAGAGGGGAAGUAUCGUGUUUAUCAUAAUCAGUAUGCCACGAAUUCAUUUGCAUUGAACAAGCACCAGCACAGGGAGGACCAUGACAAGAGACGACAUCUCUCGCAUAAAUUCUGUCUGACUCCAGCUGGAGAGUUCAAAUGGAAUGGGUCUGUACAUGGGUCCAAAGUUCUUACCAUAUCCACUUUGAGGCUAACUAUUAUCCAGCUAGAAAACAAUAUCCCGGCAUCAUUCCUUCACCCUAACUGGGCUUCCCACAGGUCUAACUGGAUUAAGGCUGUUCAGAUGUGCAGCAAACCUAGAGAAUUUGCACUAGCUCUGGCUAUAUUGGAAUGCGCAAUUAAACCAGUUGUCAUGCUGCCAAUCUGGCGGGAAUCCUUGGGACACACUAGAUUACGCAGAAUGACAGCAAUAGAAAGAGAAGAAAAAGAAAAAGUGAAAAAAAAAGAGAGAAAACAAGAAGAAGAAGAAACGAUGCAGCAAGCUACAUGGGUGAAAUACACGUUCCCUGUCAAACAUCAGGUUUGGAAACAGAAAGGAGAGGAGUAUAGAGUAACAGGAUAUGGUGGUUGGAGUUGGAUCAGUAAAACACAUGUCCAUAGGUUUAUGCCCAAGCUGCCUGGAAAUACCAAUGCAAAUUACAGAAAGUUGCUACCAACAAAAAAUGAAGAUGAAAAAUGCAACUUGGAUAAACGAAAAGGUUCAACAAGGGUAAAAGCAGAGAAAGAUAGAACAAAGGAUUCUCACGAUCUGCAAGCAAAGGAGAAAGCAGAUGCUUCAGAAACCUUGGAGAAAGUCAAAGAAGAAAAGUCAGGUGAAGAAAAAGUAGAAACUGAUACAAAUUCUGAAAACUCAGAUCAUGCAAAAGACAAAGUGGAAAAAGAAAUUGAUGGAGAAAAUGAUAAAGUCAUCAAGGAAGAGCCUAUGGAUAUUGAUGAUGUGAAAAUUGAAUCCCCGAUAAAAGAUGAGGAUACUCAUUGUAAGCUUGAUAUAAUCAAUGUCAGCGAAGGUUUUCAUUUAAGGACUUGCUACAAAAGGAAAGUAAAAUCAUCAAAAUUAGAUGGACUACUUGAGAGGCGAAUAAAACAGUUUACACUGGAAGAAAAACAACGUCUAGAAAGGAUGAAACUGGAGGCUAGUGCUAAAAAUGGAGGCAUUCAAUCUGUAAGUCCCCAGAAAAAAAUAGAUGAGCUACAAAUGAGAAAAGUAAAAGAAGGAAGCCAAUUUGACAUGUCUUCCCAAAAUCAAACCUAUCUUUCUGAUAAAAUCCAAACUGAAGAUACAAGACAGGACAGCUUGCCAGUCAGCAGCAUCUCUUGUACAAAAACUGAGGAGCUAGAUGAGCCUUCAUUGCCUUCAACAAAUAGGCUAUCAAAAAGAGAAGGGCAGCUACUGGAUGAGGACUCACCUCAGUCCUCUGAAGGUGAGUCCUCUGUUCAGAAUGAUAGCAAAGAGAACAACUCCAAACCUGGGACUGCUGAUAAAUGUCAAGGACAAGAGGCUCUUAAAGAGUGUGAGACUUCCUUUGUGGAUGGCUUGAAACAAACAAAUGCAGAUGGUAAAGUCAAAUGGGAUGUUCUGGAAACAAAUGAAAGACCUUUGAAACAAAACCUACCUAUUGCCAGAGUAUCUCCGGGUGAAUGUGAAAACUCAGAGCCAGUGAUAACUGAAAGCAGCUGUAGAAAAGAUGCUCUGGCCAUUUUAGAAAAAACAGACUCAGAAGGGAAUUCUGAACAGCAGAGCAAAGAUCCAGAAAACAAUUGUACGAUAAAAAGCCAUUAUGAACCAACAUCCUUACAAGAAGGUGAAAUAGGGGAAAACGUUACUCCAAGAAAGACUGAAAGUAAAUCUGAAAAUAAGAUUCGAUUUCACCAAAAAUUGGUGAGUAAAGAUUUAGAAUCACUUAAGACAGAACUGAAUUCUGAAAGAAACCUUGAAGGUCAAACUCUGGAACGUGCAGAUAGGACAGAAGUUGAUGAGGAACUACUGAGCUCUAAGUUAACAGAGGCUAAUGGUCAAAAGAAAGAUCAAGAACUGAAAGUGGAGGCAAGUGCCAUAAACAAAUACCUUGAUCAAACAAAUGUAAAUUAUGUUACUGACAAAAAGAAUAACAAAGAUGAUGUAACUGAGAUGGACUUAGAAAAAGAUAAAUCUGCACUCCAAAUGAAUGGAAAAGACAGUGAUGCUAAAGUACUAUCAAAUGAUGAAUGCUUAGUUAAAGAUACCUGUGAAGCUACAGCAGGAGAUGAUACUGAACCAAAAAUUAAUAAUAUUAAUAAAUCAAUUCAAGAGCAUGAAGUAAAAGCAUUGCCGUUUAGGGAAUCUUCGAUAAAACCAUUCAUGAAUGGUGAUAUAACGACAGAGGACACAAUUAACAAAAAUACCAUGGACCCAAAGUCAUCUCUGCAGAAUUCACCUGAGUUUGAAGCUGGAGACAGUCUUCAGCCAUCAGAUGAAGUUCUGAAGUAUGUGCAGAAAGCUGAAGAAAAACAGCUUUCUCCUCAAAGAGCUGCCUUUAUUGGUGCUGCUUCCACACCAACAAAUACUUUAUGUAAAGAAAAUAACCUGAGUAGUGAAACAGAAUCUAUGGAAACUGAACUUAGUGAGGAGAAGAAAGUUGCUCCAUCGCCUGUAACGUCAUGUGAGGAAUCUAGUUUGAGUAGUGACUUUGCUGAUCAGAAUGGUCUACAGGCAUACAAAGUGGAAAAUGUUAAUGGAGAGAAUAAAACAAAAACUGUUAUUACUGAGGUGACUACCACAACAUCAACUGUUUCUACAGAAUCCAAGACUGUCUUUAAAGUUGCAGAGACCCUAGCAUCUAACGAUGAGAAAACAACAGUAGUAUCAUCUACAGAAAAUUGUGCCAUAUCCACUGUAACUACCACCACCACUGUAACUAAGCUUACCACUCCAGCUACAAACAGUAAUGUUGAUGUCAUUUCUGUACAAGAGCAUAGUAAAACAGUGAUUACAACAACAGUAACUGAUUCGCUGACCACCCCAGAAGGCACAUUGGUGACUUCCAUGACUGUCAGCAAAGAGUAUUCUACAAAAGACAAAGUGAAGUUAAUGAAAUUUGCAAGACCCAAAAAAACUCGUUCUGGAACUGCCUUGCCAUCUUACAGAAAAUUUGUAACCAAAAGCAGUAAAAAAAGCAUAUUUGUUUUACCUAAUGAUGACUUAAAAAAGCUGGCCAGAAGAGGAGGGAUCAGAGAAGUUCCCUAUUUCAAUUAUAAUGCAAAACCUGCCUUGGAUAUCUGGCCAUAUCCAUCCCCAAGACCAACUUUUGGGAUCACUUGGAGAUACCGACUUCAAACAGUGAAAUCAUUGGCUGGAGUGAGCCUUAUGUUGCGGUUACUGUGGGCAUGUCUCAAAUGGGAUGAUAUGGCUGCAAAAGCUCCACCUGGGGGAGGAACUACACGUACAGAAACAUCUGAAACAGAAAUUACAACAACGGAAAUAAUCAAGCGAAGAGAUGUUGGCCCAUACGGAAUCCGGUCAGAGUACUGUAUAAGAAAAAUUAUUUGUCCCAUUGGUGUGCCAGAAGCUCCAAAAGAAACUCCAACACCCCAGAGGAAGGGACUGCGAUCAAGUGCUUUAAGGCCAAAACGGCCAGAAACACCCAAGCAAACAGGCCCUGUUAUAAUUGAAAGUUGGGUGGCAGAAGAGGAAUUGGAAUUAUGGGAGAUCAGGGCGUUUGCUGAAAGGGUGGAGAAGGAAAAGGCACAGGCAGUUGAACUACAGGCUAAGGUUAGUGAACAGAAGAAGGCAGGCGAAUUCAAGGCCCAGUUGGAGGCUCAACUAAAACAGCAACGAUUGGCUGCCCAGCAGAAACGGCUGGAACAGCAGAAGCAGAUACCUGUAGCAGGCGUGGUCCCCACAGUCACUACAGCCAGCAGUACUGCAACUACUGUCUCAACUCCACAGAAAGUUGUGGUAGGCCCUUUAACGGGCCCAGUUCCCACUGGAACAAAAGUAGUCCUUACUACAAAAGUGGGUUCUCCAGCUACAGUAACAUUCCAACAGAACAAGAAUUUCCAUCAGACUUUUGCUACUUGGGUUAAACAAGGCCAGUCUUCAACAGCCACUAGCACAGCUGCCACUUCAGCCACAACCAUUGCCAGCACAGGGCAGACCUUCCAGAUCUCAGGCAGUCCAGUAACGAUGGCAGGGAAAGUGAUAACUAAGCUGCCACUCCCUGCAAACAGCAAGAUUGUUGCCGUCAAUGUGCCAUCAACUCAAGGAGGUGUUGUUCAAGUUCAGCAAAAGGUAUUGGGCAUCAUUCCAUCAACAACAGGUGCAAGUCAAACAUUCACUUCAUUCCAGCCAAGGACAGCAACUGUAACAAUUAGGCCAAAUACCACAGGGACUUUAGGAACAACAAGUACUUCACAAGUAAUGCAAGGGACACCACUCCGUCCUGGUAUGACAGUAAUACGCACACCACUUCAGCAGUCAACACUUGGAAAAACCAUCAUUCGAACACCUCUAGUGGUGCAACAAGGUAUUCUUCCAGCCAGUCAGACACAGCAGGUGGUGACUCAGAUAAUCAGAGGUCAGCCUGUCUCAACAGCAGUUUCUAGUACCAGCACAGCUUCUUCCAGUUCUGGACAGAAGACAGUAACAAGUCCUGCAACACCACCUCAGCAAAUACAGCCACAAACCACAUCGCAGCCCCCUCGACCUCAGCAGGGACAAGUGAAACUUACUAUGGCCCAACUCACACAACUAACACAAGGACAGGGUGGCAGUCAAGGAUUAACUGUGGUAAUUCAGGGACAAGGUCAAACUACUGGUCAAUUACAAUUAAUCCCUCAGGGUGUGACUGUAAUACCUGGUCCAGGACAACAGCUUAUGCAAGCAGCUAUGCCAAAUGGUACAAUUCAGAGAUUUCUUUUCACCCCACUACCAGCAGCUGCUACUACAGCUAGCACAACCACAACAACAGUUUCCACUUCAACCUCAGCUACAGAACAGAAACAAGCUCCACAGACACAGCCAACAUCAGUGCUGCCAUCAGUUCAGCCACAGCCUCAGAGUCAGCAGCAAGCCCAGCCUCAAGCGCAGAAUCAGAGCGCUCAGCCUGUGACCCCAGCCCAGCCUCAGGCAGCACAGCCACCACUUCAGCCUGAAACUCAGACCCAGCCUGAAUCUCAAACUCCAGCAUCUGUUGACUCUCCAGUCACGCCUGAAGCACAAUCGUCUAAAUCUCCAGUUCAGUCGCCAGCACAGACCCAGGCUCAAGGGCAAUCUCCAGCGCAAGUCCCGAGUCAGCCGCAGACUGCAAUCCUUCCACAAGGCCAGUCCCAAGGCCAGCCCCAGCAACCAGCUCAGGUGCAGACUCCAACCCAACAACAGAUUCAGAUGCAGCCCCAUGCUCCCAUACAAAUUCAAGCUCAGCUGCAGCAAUCACAACCUCAGGUUCAGACUUCAGUCUCAACCCUUCCAACUACUCAAAGUUUAAAUCAGGUUCCUGUGCAAUCCCCAACUCGUCCUCAGCUGCAACUUCAGCAGCCUCCAACAAAAGUUAUUACAGUGCCUCAGCUUCAGCAACAAGUCCAAGUUCUCUCUCAGCUUCAGUCACAUGUUGUGGCUCAGAUACAAGCCCAACAAGGCAGUGUGCCCCAGCAGAUCAAGCUUCAGUUACCUAUUCAGAUUCAACAAACUAGCCCAGUACAGGCUCACCAGAUUCAGAAUGUGGUAACAGUACAAGCAGCUAGUGUUCAGGAGCAGCUGCAGAGAGUUCAGCAGCUCAGAGAGCAGCAACAGAAGAAAAAGCAGCAACAGAUAGAAAUUAAACGUGAGCACACCCUUCAGGCUUCUAAUCAAAGUGACAUUAUCCAGAAACAGGUGGUUAUGAAACAGAAUGCUGUCAUAGAACACUUGAAACAAAAGAAGACCCUGACUCCAGCUGAGAGAGAAGAAAAUCAGAGAAUGAUUGUAUGCAACCAAGUGAUGAAAUAUAUUCUGGAUAAGAUAGAUAAAGAAGAAAAGCAGGCAGCUAAGAAACGAAAACGAGAAGAGAGUGUGGAACAGAAGCGUAGUAAACAGAAUGCUUCCAAGUUGUCAGCUCUACUUUUCAAGCAUAAAGAACAGCUGAAAGCUGAAAUAUUGAAAAAAAGAGCACUUCUGGACAAAGAACUACAAAUUGAAGUGCAGGAGGAGCUAAAGAGAGACUUGACUAAAAUUAAGAAAGAAAAAGAAAAAGCCCAGGCAGCUGCUGCUGCUGCAGCAGCAGCCGCAGCAGCGGCAGCUGCAGCAGCUGCCACCCCACCACCACCGCCACCACCACUGCCACCGCCACCACAGCAACAUGCAGCCAGCGUCACCUCCUCCUCCUCCACCACGGUCCCAAUGCCAGUAUCCUCCCAGAAGAGAAAGCGAGAUGAGGAGAGAGACUCGUCAGCUUCCAAGUCCAAGAAAAAGAAAAUGAUUUCUACUACCUCAAAGGAAACAAAGAAGGACACAAAGCUUUACUGCAUCUGUAAAACGCCUUACGAUGAGUCUAAGUUCUAUAUUGGCUGUGAUCUUUGUACUAACUGGUAUCAUGGAGAAUGUGUUGGCAUCACAGAAAAGGAGGCUAAGAAAAUGGAUGUGUACAUCUGUAAUGAUUGUAAACGGGCACAAGAGGGCAGCAGUGAGGAAUUGUACUGUAUCUGCAGAACACCUUAUGAUGAGUCACAAUUUUACAUUGGCUGCGACCGAUGUCAGAACUGGUAUCAUGGGCGCUGUGUUGGUAUUUUACAAAGUGAGGCAGAUCUCAUUGAUGAAUAUGUGUGUCCGCAAUGUCAGUCCACAGAAGAUGCCAUGACUGUACUCAGUCCGCUAACCGAUAAAGAUUAUGAAGGUUUAAGAAGAGUGUUACGUUCUUUACAGGCUCACAAGAUGGCAUGGCCGUUCUUAGAACCAGUAGAUCCCAAUGAUGCACCAGAUUAUUAUGGUGUUAUUAAAGAACCAAUGGACCUUGCCACCAUGGAAGAAAGAAUACUGAAACGUUACUACAAAAAGGUCACAGAGUUUGUGGCAGAUAUGACCAAAAUUUUUGAUAACUGUCGUUACUACAAUCCAAGUGACUCCCCUUUUUACCAAUGUGCAGAAGUUCUUGAGUCAUUCUUUGUACAGAAACUAAAAGGAUUUAAGGCAAGCAGGUCCCAUAACAACAAACUGCAGUCUACAGCUUCUUAGAGUUCAGCGUGUUAACCUAACACACGAGCAAGAAUCUGGUUGUCUGAAAAUUUUUAAUUAAGAAGCCAGAUGUUUUUAGUCAGGUUAUCCUGACAAGACUUGAUGUAAACUGCGUUUUUAUUGGUCACAACAGUCAAAUUAUAUUCUUGGCUUAUUUUGUCCAAAGGACAAAGAAAUAAAAAUCAGCAGCACCACUUUCUUGUCAAGAUCAAAUUGUUGUACUAUUGUGGCAGAAGCAGGAAAACUUUUUGUUUUGUUGAAGGAGAGAGAGAAAGAGAGCAAGAAAAAAAAGAUACAGUAAAUGGGGUCAAGUUUAACUCCAUGGAAAUGCCACGUCUGUUCUUCAGUGAAGAAGCUGGUUUAAAGUCCACACAGAAAACUUUGACUGUAUUUAUUUAUUGUUGCAAAAAAGACGCUUUUUUAUUGCUGCCCUCAUUUGUCAGCUAAUUAUUUUUUCUUAUAAAAUCCAGCCCCGGUUACAUGUAAUCCAUUCUGUAUCUUAACAUGAUUCCUGUAGGUAAAAGUACAAGAAGACCUCUAGAUGUCUUUUCUUUCUAUGAAAGGAGCUGCUAUGUACACAUGUGCACACACACAGAACUGGGAAUCAACAAUGAGUUUAUCAUUCAUGGUAGAUCAAAAAAAAAUAACAAAAAAAACAAUUAAGCUUGCAUAAAGGUUGGGCUAAGUGGUCAUGGACUACAGACUCUGUUGCCUUGAAUAUAACAGUACAAUUUGUCAUUUACUCUGCACCAGACUGAAAUGAGUAAAAUCUAUUUGAAGGUAUCUUGUUUGUAAACAUUUGUCAGAUUCUAAUUUUUUUCUUUUGUAUUAAAAUUCAAAAUAUGGAUGUAUAUGAAACAAAAUAAAUGGAGAUAAUUGUUCUCCCCACACA